CCCGCCUUUGGUCUCCGACGCUGAGGCAUAGGAGAGGGACGUGGAUAUUUCGCUUGUUGCCGCAUGGGAAGCCUUUGCGCUGAGGCCUGGCGCGCCGGCUUCCGCCGCGCCUGAGCGACAGUGAGAAGAAAGAAAAGCUGUGUUCAUCCCACAGUAUCGCCUAUUCUGGCCCAACAUGACAGAGGGCUGGGUGGAUUGCCCCUCACUGGGGCCUGGCUGGCAGCGCCGUGAAGUUUUGCGAAAAAAUGGAACAAGACCUGGACAUUCGGAUACCUAUUAUAUGAGCCCCAGAGGAGAGAAGAUCCGCAGCAGAGUGGAGCUGAAUAGGUUGCUCGGAUGCUCACGUGAUCUGACAGACUUCGAUUUCAGGAAAGGGAUUUUUCUGGAGCCAAAUGUCGAGCCCACGCCAGCACCCCUCCCACCUGCUGGAGGAUGCCACCAGAGGGUCAAAAAGAGUCGCAAGAGGCGCCUUGCACCUCUGGUAGUGGCCACCCAUCUACCCAGGAAGCCUCCUGACUGGCAGGUGUUAGAAGAAACUCUAGACCAGAAGCCUCCAGAGUUGGAGGUGUUGGUAGAGGACCCCACCUGCAUUCUCUCCCAGGAACAAGAACCUCUGGCUCCUGUAGAUCAGUCAAUCCCAAAGCCCCGCAAACGCCGAUAUCGGAAGCAUCUUGCAUCUAUCCUUGCUCCUGGAAACAUGGGAGAUGUGACAGUGCAAGAUUCCAGCACAGAGGAAACUAUAGCGUGCUGUGCCAGCUGUCAAGGUCAGUUCCCAGGAGUGAUGCUUCCAUCCCAGAGACGCUGCCGAUGGCUCUGCCCGGACUGCAGAGGUUGGUGCCUGGGGCAAAGAGCUCAAAGAAGAGAUUUCAACCGGGAGCAGAGAUAUUACAAGCAAAUUGGCUGUGGUGUGUGCCAAGCCUGCCAGAUGUCUCAGGACUGCGGCAUCUGCCGAGUGUGUGUCCUGCAAGCCAAGAGCCCCGAGCUCCGCAUUAGCAUCAAAUGCCUGCUGCGCCGAUGCUUGAAGAUUGUCAAAAAGGGCCUUGAAUGUGGGAUGUGUCAGGCCUGCAAGAUAACUGAAGACUGUGGUAGCUGUUACAUCUGUGUGCGGAGGCAGAAACCAGGCAUGAAGCGCCAGUGGAAAUGCCUCAAGCGCCGCUGCCUCAAGCGCAAGAAAAAAAUCCCACCCAAGAAGGAUGGUUACAGCUCCAAGAAGCUUACUGUAGAAGCAACCCUUGCAAAGGAUACCUUCACCCCAGUGCGACGUCGCCAGAAGCAGCCAGCAACGGCAAGAGAUGGGCCUCCUCCCAAGGCCCAGCGGGCCCCAAAGCGGCGCCAAAAGAGGCUCUCUGCACCAUCGCCAACAACCACAGAUGGGCCCUUUCCAAAGGCCCAGAUGGCCUCAGGCCGCUGCCAUCGAAGGCGUUCUGCUACCACAAAAUGGAAGCCCACCAUGGAGCGGAGUCCUGGCAGCACUUCUGCAGCAAAGCGUAGGAAGAAACAGUUGGGAGCUGUGAAAGAGAGAAAGAAGGCUGGUCGUCCACCCAAGCAUCCCACGAUCAAGCUCAAGAACAGUGUGAGUCACAUGGGGGAGCAUAACGCACAUGUGAGACGCCCUUGGAUGCAGCAGCAAGAAGCAGCCUUCACGCGUGCCUCCGCAAGCCGGCGGAACCGCAAGUGUGGAGAGUGUGAAGCCUGUCUGCUGAAAAUGGAUUGUGGUCGCUGUGACUUCUGCUGUGAUAAGCCCAAGUUUGGUGGGAAGAACCUCAAGCGCCAGAAGUGCCGCUGGAGACAGUGCCUGCACUUUGCAAUGAACAUCCCAUAUGACUGCAUCUGUUGGGAGGAUGACAUUGGGCGGGGUUCCGCCUCUUCAGAACAACAUUUGCUUUUGAAGCGGCUGCUUCCUGAGGAGUGGAGCAGCCCAGAGGCGGAGGGGGCAGCGGCAGCGGGCUGGAAGGUCAGGAGGAGGAGGAACGCCUUCGGUGGCCGCAGCCGCAAACCAGCCAGGAUCAAGCAGGUGGGGCGGCGGGGAGCCAAGGGGAGUGGCCAGAAGCGACGGGCGAAAGCCAGCUUCCAGCCGGAGACAGAAGAGUCCCCUUCAGGCAGUGAACUGAUUGAUCUGUCCAGACCACGAGGCCCAGAGAUGCCUGAGCAGCAGCAAGAGCAGCAACAGCUGAGGUUGAAGGAACAGCCUGAGAGAGCCAAUCCUAUUUUGGCCCAAGAGCCUGUGAAGGACCGCCCCAUCCUGCCAGAACGCAUCAAAGAGGAGCCAGGUGUACCUCGCCAGCCUACCCUACCCACCCGUGUUGUGGUGAAGGAAUCGGAUACCAGGUUACCUGCUGUUAACUUUCUUAUUGCCACAUCUCCCAAAAUCAAGCAGGAACAUGCAGAACCAGGCGGGGACCGUCGCCCAUCCAAUGACUCUCCGGUGUCAGCGGGACUCCCUCAGUAUAAGAGGGUGCAGGGAACCCAGGGCAGGGAGGUGGUAGUUCUGGAUGAUGAAGAGGAUGAUGAAGUGGAGCAGUUGCAGCAAAUGCGCCCCCCAGUGAUAAUGGAGAUCUACAGCCUGGGUGGUAUGCAGCCCCUUGCCCAGUUGGACAGUGUCCUGCGGGAGUUCCUGGCUGAGCUGAAUGAAAUCCCACUCCCUGCUCAUUGGGAAGUGCUGCCCCCGUUGGGUGGCCCCAACCUCCGUCUUGUGCAGCGUUCAAAGCACUCCACGAUGUCGGCGGCAGUCAUCCACAUUCGCCCAGGCCUCUUCUUCCACGUGGUGGUGCGGGAUCUGCCCGUGCCGCCCGAGCAUGAACUCUAUGCCAGCCACCCUGCUCGCCUCACCACAGUUGAUGAGGUGGUGGAACUGAUCUGCAACCUGGAGGCUUACCGGCUUUGUCCUGGCUGGCCUGCAGGCUGGCACGCUGGCGAACGGUCCCAGGCCUGUGAUGUUCUUGUCUAUUCAGGCUGUUGCCCGCAGUGCCGGCUCAACCCUUGGCCAUCAGGGAGUGGUACCCGCUGAGAACCAAGCUGGGUAGGGGGGUGGGACUUUUGGGACAGGACUCAGCCCUGUGGGGCAGUGAAUGGGCAGAAGUUUUAUUUUGACACUGGAAAUGGCUUGGAUAUCUGAAAGGAUUGCUCCUUGGCGUAAAUAGCUUUAUAUUUUUUUUCCUUGUACAAUAGCUUGGCACACAGUCUGUUCUACUUCCUCUUGUUGUCUUCUGUCUCUCUGCUGGUAAGCAGCUUCUAAAUUUCUAGCACAGAGUUUCUUUCACAGGCUAAACUCUUGUCUUGCUUCAGUCAUUUGCUCAUCUCCUGCUAGGGAGUUGCAGUGUGGACAGUGAUGCAUUGCAGCUGCUGGUGCCGGCUGGCCACCUGUUCUCCUUUAAGUCUCGGAUGUUUGGCAAAGUAGCACUGAGUAUUGAUCUGAUAAGAGCGUGGAGGCUAUUUAGGUAUCACUUUAGGCCCUCUCUGUUGCUGUCGUGUUCUCUCCCGCUUGCCUGUCCCUAUGCUGUCAAAUUUAGCAGUGUCUAAAAGACUUCUAGAUCCACCAUAUGGUCGUCAUCACACACAGGAAGGAUGUGACUUAAGAAGGGGAGCCCCUUCUCUGAAAUAAAGAGUCGCUUUGGCUGCAACGUGCCCUUUCUUUCCCCAGAUACAUCUAAAACUUGAAUUGUUGCCUCGGACAUGUUUUUCUUUGUUUCAAGGUUGAGUUGGUAUGGAUAAUUUGGUUUGAGGACCAGGGAGGUUUUUGUUUUGGGGGAGCUAAGAAGGUAAAGUGGAUUUGGCUGGAGGGGAAGGUGGCUGGCUGCCACUCCGUAUGCUGCCAGAGAUUCCGGCAUGUCCUGUUCAGGAAAGUUCUACAGAAGCCAUAGCUGUGUGUCAUUUGCUAACGUGUGGUUUUUGUUUUGCGUCUUCCUUCAGUGCAGUUGGCGACAGCAGCAAAAGCCCUGGAGCUUUUCCCUUGCGCCUCCCACAGUCGGUCUUAUUUUUUGUGCUUCUUUCCUUCAGAAGAAAAUGAACAUACCCUCAAAGAAUUAUCAAAUCAGAACUGGUCUAUAUAUUUUUUAAUGUAUUAAAAAUUUUAAUGAGCAAGCUCAA